AUGUCGAGCAGUGCAGAAUGUCAGCACUUCCCUGCAAUCAAGAUGUUAGAUAUCUGUUAUUGCCUUGUUGCUGUUGGCGAUAGUUGUAUGUGCGACUGUAGCCGAACAUUCGUAACUUGGCGCAGCGGAUCCGGUAACGUCAUGCAGCUUAUUUUCCAUCCUUUGAUAGAGCCACAACUCGUCGUGUCGUAUACAAACUCGGUACAUCUUCUGGAUACUUCGCGUCUGUGGGUGACCUUUAAAUCGAACAGUACAAGUCCUGAGGCAUUACUAGAGCUUAAAAGUUCGCGAGCUACGGAUGCGUUUGACUACUAA